AUGACUUCGGCCGCCGCUCUUCGCCAUGUGGCUCCGGCGACAUCCUUCUUCGGAGCCAACUUCGACCGCUUGGCAGAGGACUUCUGUCAAGCGGGGUAUCAGAAGCUGAUGAUCAUCUCGGAUUUCGACCAGACGCUGACGCGCUAUGUUGGCUGCGACGGUCAGCCAGGUGAUCAAUGCCAUCAGAUCGUGAUGCAGCAUCUCGACACGACCCUCCUGCCAGAGGUAGGAGCAAUCUUUCGAGAUCUUAAUGCUUGGGACAGGCUGACGGAAGCCCAGCGCAUGGAAAAGUGCAACCAAGAUCCAGAGCAAAGGGCAGCCGCGACGAGGAGUUGGUUCAAGUCCUUCCACGAUGUAUCUUCACAACACCAGCUGUCACAGUUUGCAUCGCAGUGCCUGUUGAAGAGCAACGUGCGCACGCGGCAGAAUCUCAGUGCAACGUUUGACUGGAUCAAGAAGUGGAAUGUACCACUGUUUCUGAUUUCGGCUGGAAUUCGUGAAUUGCUGGUGCCGAUCCUUCGAACCUCUACGGCUGAGCUGCCUUCUACUGCCCGCCUGGUGGCCAACAGCCUGGAUGAGGACGUGAGCAUCACUUCACGCGAUAAGGCCGAUGCACUGACAAAGAUUCCCGAUUUUUCAGGCCUGGCGGCUGGGAAAACCCAUGCCCUUCUGCUUGGCGACAAGCCUUCGGAUUGUGCACCACUGCGUGGCUUGCCACCCGAAAUUGUAGUUCUUAAAGUGGCAUUCCUCCACGAACCGUCCAAGGCAGUGCUAGCAGAAUAUUCGCAACAUUUUGAUGUGCUGCUAACUGGUGAUCCAUCUAUGGACUUCGUGAACGCACUUCUCGAUUUGUUGAGUGGGCAGGGCGUGUCCCCUCGUCUUUGA